CGAUUUUCCACCUACUCGACCGCGCCGACCCUCGCCCCGUCCCUCGCGCCCACGCACAUCUCCACCACCCCGUCCCUCACCCCCUCCGAGAAAGCGUCCCCGCUGCUCACCGACCUCAAAUCCAUGCACGCCUCGCUGCAGCGCAUGGAGGACGCCCGGAUGCAGAACCAGCGGUACGCCGUCUCCGACGAUAAGAGCGAGGAGAUCGGGAAGCUGGCGUUGGGUGCGAAGUUGGAGAGGGCGCUGGAUCGGAGGUAUUCGGGGCAGGAUGCGAGCUUUACUAAGAAG